CGAGACUUCAACACGACUWCUCAUAGUCCUGUCUAAGUAGACCCCAGCAAACCGGGCGACGCAGACUUCUGGCCCGUGAUUCGGGGCUUACUUGGCUAACUACGAGUCCGUCGAACAAACAAGCAUGAUAUUUCACUAAUUUCUUUUCAAAUCAAGUAAAUGGACGAAGACAUUUGGUCGAUAAUGAUGGGGGCGUGACAAAGCUUAGACRACAUUGAACGGUACCAAUUUUCAUGUUGGCGAUAAUAAUUGAUGCCUAAGUCCUCAAUACAUGUCUCAGUGUCCAUUGUACUUUAUUGAUAUACAAGAGUAUUCCCAAGAGUCAUUGUUCAGAAGCGAGCCCCUUUGGUCGGAUGCCUUACUUCUUAGCAUCUACAGCACGCCCUGUGUAAAUUAGACCUAAAUAGACUCGUACCAAAACAACGGUCCUUCUGAAACCUCAAGUACGAUUUCUCUAGCUGCUCCAACAUUUAUAGUGGAUAGAAAAGAUAAAUCCUGACAGUCCACAGAGCAAUCACCACACCCGGUCAAAAGCCUUAAUAGUGCACAACAGCUUGGUUUGCCCAGUACAUCCACAGAGACCAACCACAGUACUUCUACUGCGGAAAUGUUUGCUCCGCUUCCCAUACUGACCUUCAGUCCCCAGCAAAUUGCUCAAGUGUGCGAAACACUAGAAGAAAGUGGGGAUGUUGAGCGCUUGGCCAGAUUUCUAUGGUCACUGCCAGUAGCCCCUGGUACUUUAGAGGCUUUAAGCAAGCACGAAAGUGUACUCCGAGCUCGGGCUAUAGUCGCCUUUCACAUGGGCAACUUUAGAGACCUGUAUCACAUACUAGAAUCGCACCGAUUUACUAAAGAAUCUCACGCGAAACUUCAAGCUAUGUGGCUAGAAGCGCAUUAUCAAGAAGCAGAAAGACUUCGCGGAAGACCCCUAGGUCCGGUAGACAAAUAUCGAGUACGAAAGAAGUUCCCUAUGCCGAGGACAAUUUGGGAUGGCGAACAAAAGACACAUUGCUUCAAAGAACGAACACGGAGUCUCCUAAGAGAGUGGUAUCUUCAAGAUCCGUAUCCGAAUCCCACGAAGAAACGUGAACUAGCGCAAGCUACAGGACUUACACCAACUCAAGUUGGGAAUUGGUUCAAGAAUCGACGGCAAAGAGACCGAGCUGCUGCAGCGAAGAACAGAAUGAAUCAACAAGGAUGUCAGCUUUCCAAUUGCAAAGCACCUUUGAGUCCUGAUGAACUCAGCAUCGAAGACGACGACCUCCGCGAGCUAAAAAAUUCAGAAGAAUCAAACGAUGACUUAAAAUUAAAACAACACUAGCUAGUUAGAUCCUCUAUUUCUAAGUGGAUCAAAUGCUACUAUGAUGAACAGUCUGCUUCAAGCAGAUAAGAACCAAACUGGUUGUAGACAACUAGACUGAGAGUAAGAAUGAAACCAAGUUUGUAGAUACUGCAGACACAAUCAGCUGUUUUCAUCGGGAAAAUUGCAAUUUAUAGAAAAGACUACAAAUUAUACUAA